CCAUAGAUCAGUUAAAAGCUCGGAUCAGCCAUUGAAAUAACCUACAAUGCUAUCUCAUCCUCCAUUGAAUAUACCGUGAUCCAAGUACACCAUGGCGACCAAAUCGCCCUACCACAUCAUCACCAUCCCACCGCUUCAGUGCUCCCUAUCAAACCCAGACGCAACCGCCACCACCAUCGCAGAGAAGUUCCGAACACUCCGACUCCACUCCCUCCAAGUGAACCCGGAAGCCUUCGCCGCCAAAUACGAAGAAGAAGUACAAAAGCCCCUAAGCCAGUCGCUCGAGCGCAUCCUCAACCCCAAGGCAAUCCACUUCGUCGCCCUCCAGACGCCCUCAGACAUCGACCCCGCCACGAUAGAAAAGGAUGCCGUCACUCGCCUCGUGCACGACCACUGGCUCGGCAUGAUUGUCCUGCUCGGUCCGCAGGAGGACAAGGGCGAGAAUCCCCGCGACUUUACGAGUAAUCCCUUCCCUGCUUUCACUGCUGGUGGUCAGCUCGUUGAACCGGAUGCGCUACUCUACCGUAUUAAUGGGACGUUCACGGCGCCUGAGGCACGCGGGUUGGGGCUUGGGUUGAAGCUUAUGCAGGCUGCACUGGGCGCUGCGGUGCAGGGAGGACAGCAGUUUGGUGCUGCUGUGCGGGUUGGGUUGGCUGUUUUUGCGCAUAAUGUUGCGGCUACGAAGUUGUAUGAGAAGGCUGGGUUUAAGAUUGUGGAGGAUAGGGAGUCGAGGUCGCAACCUUGGACGAGGGCGUUGGUGAUGGACAAUGUGUUGGUUCCGAGGAAGUUGGUGAUGGAGAAUGUGCUGGUGAAGAAGACGUGAGGAGUGUCUAGGAUUGAUACGUAUAGAUCGAGGGAUUAUAUCGCCUGAGAUACAACUGAUUGAUGGUCACCACGUUCAGAGCCUUUCAUCCAGAGGACCUGUAGAAGCAUGCGAUGCGAUGCCCUGACAUGCCAUAAUCAACUUGGAU